AUGGCCGACAACACCACCUACGAGGACUACUACCAGGACAGUUGGGAUUCCUGGACAUGGGACGGAUGGCACGCCUCGGACGUGUACUAUGAUCAAUGGGUCGACGACCAUUGGGCUGACUCUGCAUGGAGCUAUGACGCCUGGAUGAGAGAGGGAGAAGAAGAGGAGCUAUGGUAUGAUGCACAAGGCACAGCUUCCGAAUGGCACAGCCCUGAACACUACGAUAUGGCCGCAGGAGAUGAAGCUGAAGAAGCACCUGCCGUCGAGGACUACCAGGGAUCAGCCCCCGUUGAGGAAGAGAGUGCCACCACACCAAGCACUCCACCUGCUGAUCCAGCCAAGAGAAGCCUGAACUUCGCGACAACGUUGCACACCUCAGCGGAUGUGUUCCACACCGUCCAAGGUCACAAGAGACGAGGACUUCUCAUUGAUCCAGGAGCAGCAGCCGGCCUAGUUGGAAGUGAGACCUUGAGAGACAUCAUCGAGCACUGCUAUCCCAAUGCGCACCGAGAAGAGGCAAUUACUUGGUCUGACUCUGAAGCCACCAUCACCGGCAUCAGUGGACAACCAGAUAAAGCUCUUGGCAGAGUUCAUUUGCAGCUGCCACUGAAGGACCUGGGGGCCACCUACACGGCCGAUGCAGACCCGAAGCAGAAGUGGAGGUCCGACGAGCCACCCAAGAACAAGGACACCAAUUCUCCAAAACAGGUGUCUUUCGCUGACAGUGAGCUCACGGAUUCAAAAGAGGACUUCAAGCGAGCAGCAAAAUCUCACGCAUUGGCUAAGAAGGUUGAGCUCAACUACCCCGAGGACUUUCACUUCACUGCGGAGGAGGCAGUGUGGAUCAAGUACCUCAUGUGUGAGAUCAUCAAGUCCAGCUUAGCUGUUUUCGAUGAAGCCAAAGGUGAAGACUACAUCUACUGGCUGACUGAUCCAUCUCUGCUGAUGGCCGUCAAGCAUUGCCUGAAGAAGAUCAUGCAUGUCCAUGGAGUACAUGUGACACUACAUCCAUUCGUCAAGGCUUUUCCAGAACCACACCUCUCAGCAGAGAAUGCGCCACUUCGCCUCAUUUGUCGUGGCACCUAUGAGAGCUGGCAACUUUAUGCUCUUGAGGAUCUGAGAGAACUUUCUCCAGCCCAACAACGAGAAGCCAUUGAUGAAGAGCAUUGGAUGAUCACCUUCUUCGGCAACAAUGUGCCGCCAUCGACGAAGGUUCCUGGAACACCUGCUCCUGGCACACCAGCAGUUGCAGCACCAUCUACGCCAAGACCUGCCAUUGCUGAUGCUGCUCAACCAGAAGAACCAGCUGCACCUUUGGCAGUACAACCAUAUGAUGAAGUGGGCACUUCCAAGGCAAUAGAGCUGCGCACCAUGAAGCCCCUCUACAGCAUCAAAAGAGUCCUUCAUCGUCUACCGCAAGAAGUCAGCAAGGACACUGUGAAUGCCAAGAGAAUGCUGCUUGGUCUUCAUGAACGACUAUGGCGUGCCAAUGCGACAGAUCUGGCGAACCUGUUGCUGAGAGCAGGCAUGCCUCCUGCUGUGGUGGAAAUGGCCCAUGAAGCAGUUGCCAACUGCACGAUCUGCAGGAAGCACUCUCGACUACCUGCACGACCAAAGAGCAAGAUUUCGUUGGCUGCCCAUUUUGGAGAUGAGGUGGAGAUGGACAUUUUCUACUUGUGGUCCAAACCAUUUGUUCUCUUGAUCGACGUCGCCGCCCGCUACAAGAUCGCCUAUGAGACACCGAGUCGAGAGACGGGAGAAGCUGGACGACAACAUACCGGCACCGGCCUUGUGGAAAGACAUGUUGCUUUGAUCAAGCUGACCAUGCAGAAGGUGAAGGCCGAAUGUGAUCGACAAGGUCUUCUGGUGGAGGAUUCAGAUGUGGCCGCCGAGUCAAGCAUGAGUCAUAAUCUUUGCUUGAUCUACGGAGGCUAUUCUCCAUGCGUGGCAGUGUUUGGAGUGGUUCCAAGAGCCUUCUAUGAGUUUGAGACUCCACAGAUGACGGCAAUCACUGGAGCAGCAGAUCGAGAUGCCACUGUCUUCGAAACUGCACUAAGGCUUCGUCAAAUUGCUCUCACUGCAAUCCAGCAGUCACUGGCUGAAGAUCGCUUGACACGUGCCACUCUUCACCGCUCUCAUCGAGUGGAUACCACAGAGCUUGUUCCAGGCACCAGCACUGUUGAGAUCUACAGAGAUGCAGCGUGGAGAGGUCCAGCCACACUUCUUGAAGCGGAUCAAGAAGAAGGAACUGCCAUUGUCAAGCACCAAGGAAAGCCUUACCUGAUGCCACUGCGAUUUGUCAGACCAUCGAAGGGCGUUUUCUACAAUGUGGACUCCUACACGGGCACCUAUGGCACCGUCUUUGUCUGGCAGAAAGGCACAGGAAAUUUUGUCAAGAUGAACAAGACCAAUGACCUUCAGAUGAAGCUCAACAAGAUCCACGAAUCACACUGGGACUCACUGUGCGUCAUCUACUUGUACCACUAUCCCAAUUUCAUUGAGGAUGAAGCCAAGACCACUUCCAAGAUGAAGGUCGAGAUUGCAGAUGAGAAGGAGAUCGCUCAGUUCGUUAGCGAGAAAGUCAUGAACCCGCCAAAGCUUUUCCAGUUUCUCAGCACCGGCUAUGUUGAGUUUGGCAAUGUCACCAAGCAUCCAACAUUGAUGCGCCGCUUGCCUGUACUUCAUGAACUACAAGAAGAAGAUUUGUUCAAAGAUGAUGCAAGCCUCUGGAAGGAAGCAUAUGAGGGACGACCAAAAGUCUCAAUGCAGAAGACCGCGAUGCUUGCUACGCUCGGCUUGGCAGCCAAACCUGUGACAAGGACCUUGUUGGCGAUGACCGCCUUGACCUCACAAGUUCACGCAGCAACCUCAGAGGCACCAGAGACCACAUGGGGAGAGUCAUGGAGCUUUCCUUUCUUCAUCCCGCUCACCUUCAUCCUUUUGCGUACCUUGGAGUACCUGGUCACCUGCUUGUGUCGUGUUGCGAUGAAAUCAAUGAGUACACCGAUGGAGGCCUUCUCCUAUCCCUACUUCGGGGACCGCGAAUGGCAUUGCAUCCGCUGCCCGGAUGAGAUCUGUAUCGCAGAUUUCACAGCGAAGCUUGAGACAAGUUUGAGCCCAGCCGGGAAUCCCAGACGUUUAGAGACAGAGAGAGUUUAUCAACUAGCAAAUGGUACCGGGCUUGCAUGGCGAGAACAGCUUUCUAAACAGAGAGAAAGGAGUUUCGAACCUUUGAGCAGCAACUUUAGCCUUGCGAUAGAAUGGAUGACUGCUCUGAAAGCGGGAAUGACAAGUGACGGGGGGAUGAAAUGGAAUGAAGGAGAGAGCAGAAUGAAGCGGUGCUCUUGUUUUACUGGUGGAGCGUUGCAACUUUCCUCCGCACAACACAUGACCAGGUCAGCUACAUCGCAUGUAGCUUGGAUGCAAGAAUGCGAUGUGAACCUAAUAGCGAUGGCCUCCAACCUAACUGCAAUGGCCUCCAACCUGAAUGCGAUGUGUGACUACAUCUUGUAG